AUAUUUUAUAAUUUUUUUUAAAUUAAUUUAAGAUUUUCUCCGUUUUUUUAAUAUUUAUGGUUAAAAAAAUAAUGCCUGUAACUUGUACUUUAUGUGAAGGCACCGAUUUCUAUAAAGAAGCUGGAUUUUAUUUUUGUUCCGAAUGCCAAACGCAAACUCAAGAUAUUCAAGAACACGUUUUUGAAGAUCAAGUGGAUGAAGCUGAGCAACCACCCCAACAUGCGCCGAAAAGAAAACCCAAACGGACUUCAAGUAAUAAAGCGAAUGAUGAAGAACGAUUAACAAGUUGGGAAUGUUAUAAUUAUAUCCUCCUGGGAUUAGUAAACGAAUUAAUUGAAUUGGGUGCUGAUAAAAGUCUACGAACAACUGUGGAGGUGUUGUGGCUUCAUUAUUUAAAGAAAAUUGAAGUAAUAAGGGAGGGUAAUUUACCACCUAAAUUGCCAGCUGUUAAUAGUGAUAGAGAUGCUUCUAUUAUUUACGGAAGGUCUAAGGCUAUUAAAAGACGUAGGUCAAGAAGUAAAUCUGUUGAUAGUAGUAUUCGAAACGCUUCCACUUUGGAUAAUGAAUCAAUAAAGAGAGAAAGAACUAGACAAAAGAAAGCUUUAGCAAAAACUGAAUAUGACGAAUAUUUAAGUACAACCCAACAAUCUGAAUCAUCAUUAGUUAAUCAAAGUUUAUCAUCCUUAAAAAGUGCAAAUAGCUCUCCCAGUGACGCAAAAGUUAUACAAUACAAUAAAACAGCAGAAAAGUGUUUAAAAAAGCAUAUGAAAGCACGCCAUUUAAAAAAGCAUUGCGAAGAUGUUCACUCUACUCUUGAUUGUCAUAAAAAAUUAACUGGUCGAUCUGCCACUAGUUAUUACAACGAUCCAUCAGUGAUAUCAAGAUCAAAACUUUUUUCACUUCUCUACUUAGGGUUAUUAAUGAAUAAGCAGAAGAUUCAAUUGGGAGAUAUGCUCAGAUUUAUAAAAGAGGGUCAUUUAAGUUUCCAACAUGUGGACAAGUUUUUUCCAGAGGAAUUAGUCGAGAAAAAAUUGAAUAUCUCUUCUUUUACCAAAGGACCUAGUUUUAUAACUCAUUCAAUGAUGAGAUCUAAUACUGUGAAAUUAAUAUCUUAUUUAAAUAUUAAAAAUGUAGUUCCUGUACAAAACAUUGUUGAGAUGUGUGAGAGGUACUGUAAAGAAUUAAAUUUACCUGAUUUUAUAUAUUCAUUUGUAUUAAACAUUAUAUCAAGAAGUUUACCUAAAUUCAAGUAUACUUUUACUUCUUCAUUACCUAAUUAUGAAGGUAGAGCAGUUGGAUUUAUAAUAUUCCUCUUAAAAAUUUUAUUUGGGCUUGAUGAUUCAACCGAAUAUGAAAUGUCUAAGUUAGCAUCAACAAUUAAUCUUCAUUUAAGGAGUAAUCAACAAAAAAUGUUUAAUUUUCAAGAAUGGUUGUUGUAUAUUAAAUAUAGACAUUUCAUUGUGUGCCAAAACAAUUUUCCUGCUUCAUACAAUGAAAAUUGGCAUGAUGAAACGAAGAUUUUUGUGAAACAUUUAGAAAAAUAUGCUGAAAAACAUGAAUUAGUUAAAGAAGAUGCUCCUGAUAUAGAAAUAUUUAAAAGAUUAUUGUAUAAGCUUGAUCAGGUUUGGGAAGAUUUUGAUGAUGGCGUUGAUUAUAAACCAACAUUAACGCCAUACCGGGAUUACAUAAAUACCUUAUUAAAGAAUGAAAGAAACGAUUGUAAUUACAACGAAGAUAUCUUGCGAUUAGAUUGUUCAAAUAUGUCUUUAGAAUAUAUAUUUUAUGAUGAAUUGUAUUUAAAUAACAUUUUUCCUAAUGUAAAAAUUAUUCGUAAUAGUGGUGGAAAAAAUAACGAUAUGCAAUUAAUAUAUUUAUUUGAUACUUAUAAACGAUACCGUGCAAAUUGUAGUGAAAGACGAAAUUUAUAUAACGUUACGUUACUUUCCGAACAAAAUCCUGUUAAAUUUAAAAAUUUUUUUACCACCACCAACGCCGAUAGCGACAUUAAACCAAAUUCUAAGCAAAUCCUUGAAAAUUAUAAUCAUACCAUUACGAGCAAAGUGAAGAAAAAUUUCAAGAGACGACAAAAAUUGUUUCAAAAUGUUGAUGAAAAUUUAGUUAUUGCUGAAAAAUCCGAUGUUAAUUGUAAAGAAUAUGUUCUCUAUGAACCAAGCGAACGGGUUUGCGUUAAUUUACAAAACGUAACUCUCUACACGGAGGAAGAUUGGGAAAAAUUUUACCAAAAAUUUUCUUUAUCAUUUAGAACCAUUCUUGCGGAAUGCGCUAGAAUUACUGAACAAACAACUAAAGACGUUUAUUUAGAAUACGCGAAAAUUGAGAUAUAUUUGUCACAUGUGUUGGAUGUAGGAAAUGAUCGAUUUUAUGAUGAAAAAAUUGUUAAUAAUGAACUAAAGAAAAAUAUUGAACAUACUAAGAAAAGUUGGUGAUUUUAAUAAUU